UUUAGUGAUUUGUUUAUAAUUGAGCAGUUCGUGUUGUUUUCCUAUUGAAAUAGUUUUUCGGUAAAAAUGAAUACAAAUCUUUCAGCCUCACAAAUCAUGAAAAAAUCGACGAUUGAUACUUUGAUGAAUAUCGAUUUAUUUCAAAAUGAUUUAAUGGCUAUUGAUCGGGAAUUUUUACAUAAUAUCAAUUCGAUUUUCAAAAUAUCAGAUGAAAGAAAAACAAAUGGUUUUCUAUUUAUGACCGAAAAUGCUACAUAUGCUUAUGGUUAUGAAAUAUUUAAUUGGCUAUCGUUGUAUCAUGAUCCAAUACGACCAAAACGGAUUAGCAUUUUGGAUGGAAAGAAAAUUAUUCAAGCUGAUUCAGGUAACUCUUUUGUUGCCCUUCUAACAAAUGAUGGAAUCGUAUAUAUAGCUAGCAGUAAUCCAAAAUGGAAAACAUACAAUACUUUUCGAUUGAUUAGCACUGAUAAUCGUUUUAAAAUGAUAGCAUGUGGAUACGAUCAAAUAUUGUUGUUACGACAAGAUGGCAAUGUUUUUGCUUUAGGACAAAAUAAUUUUUAUCGAUUUAAUAAAGAUCAAGCCAAUGGUUAUUACUCAUAUAAUAGCGGAUAUGAUAGACAGUUAGAGUCAUCGUAUGACACUGUCGUGGACACUGGUUUAACUAAGAUCAAAUUAAUAGUUUGUGGAUGGAAACAUUAUUUUGUUCUUACAGAUACGAAUCAAGUUUAUUCCUGGGGCCAAAAUGCUGAUGGACAGUUGGGUCUUGGUGAUAGAUAUGAACACAAAAAACCAUCACUCGUUUCAAUUUUUCGUGAUAGUUCAAUCAAAAAUAUUGUGGCCGGCUAUAGUCAUUCAUUAUUUUUGAAUGCGAAUGGCCAGAUUUUUGGAUGUGGUAAUUGUAAAUACAAUAUUAAUCAUUCAAAUGAUUAUCAUACUCAACCAAUCAAAAUACCCCUUGAAAAUGUUCAAAAUAUUGUUUCGAAAAAUUGUUACAAAUUUUCAUUGGCUAUCGUUAAAUCAUUCGAUUAUUAUGGAUGGGGUGAAGUAGAAAAUAUUUGUCGAUUAUCAAUAAGAAAAUUGAAUGGUCAACCAAAAUCAUUUGCUGCUGCAUCAGCAAUGAUAUUGGAAUCACCAGUUACAUUUGGUCUAACAACAGUAAAUAAUCAAUUGGAAUCAAAAUAUUCAAUAUCAAAUAUUCGAUUAUUCAAUAAUCCUGAUAAUUAUGAUGUUGAAUUUGUUAUCAAUGAUAAAAGUAUAUUUGCUAGUAAAUGUUAUCUUAGAAUGGAAUCAGAAUAUUUUUGCCGAAUGUUUUCUGGUGAUUGGAAGGAAAACAAACAGGUAACAAUCGAUGCUUAUGGAUAUGAUGCUUAUUAUGCUUAUCUACAUAUGUUACAUGUUGGUCAAAUUAAAAUCAAUGAAAACAAUUUAUCGGAACUUAUUGAUUUGGCCAAUUGUUAUGGUGAUAAACGAUUAAUGAAAUAUUGUUUAAUAUUUUUACGAAAUGAUCUUAAUGAGGAAACUUUGUUCACUUAUUUUCCAUUGAUUGUCCAUUAUGAACUGAAUGAAAUGUAUGACAAACUUUCAGAGAUAACUAUACAAAAAAUUUUACCAAAAAUUUCUAAAAAUCUUUCCGGAAAUCGAAUAAAUCUUAACAAAUUUCUUGAAUGGCUUUCUCAAGAAAGAUCAUUGGUUUGAAAUAGA